CCCACACCUACACGCACACACACACAAACACACAUCAUGCUUACCAGACUGACUUGUUUGCUGCUCUUGGUGGCUUGCGCGUACGGAUGUGGCUCUCCUCAGGUGGAGCCCGCCACCAACAGAGUGGUGAACGGAGAGGAGGCAAAGCCCCACAGCUGGCCCUGGCAGAUCUCACUGCAGUAUAAACACGGCCUCCGCUGGUACCACACCUGUGGAGGUACUCUGAUCGCCCCACGCUGGGUCCUGACCGCUGGACACUGCAUCUUCCCAGGUGAUAUUUAUCGUGUGGUUCUGGGGGAGCAUGACCUGAGUGUGCAGGAGGGUACGGAGCAGAUCAGAGACAUCCUCCGCAUCGUGGUCCAUCCCAAAUGGAACAUUGACUGUGUGGGCUGCGGUAAUGACAUUGCUCUGCUGAAGCUGGAUAAAGCUCCUGUGCUGAAUGAGAGUGUUCAGGAAGCCUGUAUUCCCCCUGCUGGAGAAAUCCUGCCCCAUGACACACCCUGCUACAUCUCUGGCUGGGGCGACCUCGACACUCAUGGCCCUAUUCCUGAUAAGCUCCAGCAGGCCUUGUUGCCGGUGGUGGAGUACAGCGUGUGCAGCCAGAGUGACUGGUGGGGCAUGUACGUGAAGACCUCCAUGGUGUGUGCUGGAGGAGACAUACGCUCCGGCUGCACUGGAGACUCUGGUGGUCCUCUGAACUGUAAGGGGAGUGAUGGGAGGUGGUACGUUCAGGGCGUCACCAGCUUUGUGUCGACGCGUCUCUGUAACGAGCUGAAAAAACCCACAGUGUUCACACGCACCUCCGCCUUCAACGACUGGCUGGAUGAGGUCAUGCUAAAGUACUGAGAAUCUUCUGAGGAGAAAUGCAAGAGCGUUGAUAAUGUGGACAUCAUUCAGUAUGUGCAAUAACCCUUUAAUAAACCCAUUAUAGAGUG